GCCGCCAAGCGGUAGCGGUCGACGCGGAAGGAGGAACGAGCGCCGCGCCGAUGAGAGCGCACGCGGGAAGGGCGGCUGCGUGAUCACGUGCCGACGCUCGGCUGGCUUCGGCGCGGCGGGUGGUGUUGGGAGCAGCAGCGGCAUCGAGACAAGCGAACCACGACGCGAUGGCGUGCGAUACGAGGGAUGGCUCGCUUCGCUACCGCCAGAAAGGCACCAACGGCGUGCACCAGCCACCCUGGAACGGAGUCCUCCAAGACGGCGGCAGCUACGUCACAUCUCAAGCAAACGGCCAGCGGCUGCCGCUAGCCAGGCAUCAAAAGCGGCUGCUCGGUUUAAUGUUCUACGCGUGCCUUCUGGUGUUCUACCUCGGAACGGCGCUGCUGGUGCGCCGCCUGCAACUGUCUCUACCGGACGCCGUAUCCACGGACCUUGCCGACGACGGACGCGUGUUUGUGGGCGCCAGGGCGAGGCAGCGGCUCGCCAAACUGGUGGCGAUCGGCCAGCGCACGGUCGGCAGCCUUGAGAACGAGGCGAUCGCCGUGGACUACCUCGUGCGCGAGUUGGAGCAGCUCAGGAAGCGGGCGCGACCCGCGCACAAGCUCGAGUUUGAAGUGCAGAAGGCGAACGGCUCCUUUUUUCUUGACUUCAUCGACGGCUUCACCUCGAGCUACCGAGGCAUCCAGAACGUGAUCGCGCGCCUGGCGCCCAGGGAUCCUCCGCCGGCGGUCGAUCAGAGGCAUUCCUUGCUCGUCAACUGUCACUACGACACAGCGCCAGGCAGCCCAGGUGCCAGCGAUGAUUCCAUUGGUUGUGCCAUUAUGCUGGAGAUCCUUCACGUCCUUUCAAGGAGGAAAGAACCACUGCCCCAUCCCAUCAUUUUCCUGUUUAAUGGAGCAGAAGAAAACAUCCUGCAGGGUUCACACGGUUUUAUCACGCAACACAAAUGGGCAAAGGAGGUGGCUGCUUUUGUGAACCUGGAAGCCUGCGGUGCGGGUGGCAAGGAACUGCUCUUCCAAGCAAGCCCCAGUGAUCCAUGGUUGGUAAAAGCAUACGUUGAUGGUGCUGUGAGACCAUUUGGCUCCAUCGUUGCAGAAGAAGUCUUUCAAAGUGGCCUUAUCCCUUCUGACACAGAUUUUCGCAUCUUCAGAGAUUUUGGAGGCAUACCAGGCCUUGAUUUUGCCUUUGCCAAAAAUGGCUACGUGUACCAUACAAAGUAUGACAACAUGGACUACAUCCCAGACGGCUCAAUUCAGCAUGCAGGUGACAACAUUCUGGGUCUCAUCCUUAAGAUCCUGGAGGCACAAGAAUUCAGUGAUGGCAACUCUGUGGGAGCCAGUGGAGACACAAACACCAUUCGUGCUGUGUACUAUGACUUCCUUGGCAUUUUCAUGGUGAACUACUCGGUCGCUGUGAGCAGUAUCAUGGUCAAGUUAAUCAUCAUCAUCUCACUUGUUUCCAUGGCUAUGCGGAUGAAAGCUUCUGCGACUGGGGGACGAGAGCUGCACCGGCGGGAACUGGCUCUGCAAGUGUGGGGGCGGAUUCAGGCCCUCCUGGUGACAGUGUGCAGCUGGGGACUCGGCCUCAUGGCCUGCGUGCUUGUGGCCUUGACGCUGACGGCGACUAGGAGCACUAUGUCCUGGUACAAGCAACCGUACCUGGUGCUGGGACUCUACUACAGCACUAUGAUUGCCACCCUCAUGGCUUGCCACUGGGGCCUCACAGUGAUACGUCGCAGGAAUCUCAAGCCAUUCACCACGGGGCUGAAGGUUCUGGGUGAAAGCGAGGAAUGCGAUGACUGGGACGUACUCGAGCGGUACCUGGAUGCCACCCAGCUGCUGUGGCUGGCAUUGGUGUUCUGGUUGUCGUCCAAGAACAUACUAAGUUAUUACAUCCCGAACCUUUGGGCCGUCUGCACAGGCACAGUUGUGUCCGUACUUUCCCACUGGACAUUGGGCAUGGGCCGAAAAGGUGAGAAAAGAGGCCUUAUGGUGGCUAUUUUGGGUGCCGUAUUCCUUCCACUGCUCCUCACUGUCUACCUGAGCUUUAACAUCCACAUGGCCAUUGUGCCCAUCAUGGGCCGCAAUGGCACCCUGGACAACCCCGAGAUUGCAGUGGCAAUCAUGUCGGGCAUCCUUGCCAUUGCCUGCACGUCAUUCGUGGUGCCACUCACACACGUGUCACGUGAUGGCUGGAAGCCCAUAGCCGUCCUUUCUGGGUUUGUUGCAUUAAGUAUGCUGGUCGCCAUGAGCCCAUUGGGAUUUCCAUUCUCUGCUGCCCCAGGAGAAGUGGCCCCACAACGAAUGCUGCUUUUUAAUGUGGAGCGAAAGUUUUACGACAGGCACCAGAAGAUGGUUAACCAAGAUGCAGGAGUGUGGGCCGUCCCGCUUGACUUCAAUGGUCCACGCACUAUUCGGCAGCAUAUAGGAACAAAGCGCAAGAUAAGAGAAGUGGACUGUAGUGAGCAUGUCUACUGUGGUAUGCCAUAUUACUUUCCGGUCAUCACAAAGCUGAAAGAGACCUUCUAUGUUGACUUUCCUGGGCCCAUCUUUGACAAGGGGAGAACAUUUCGUCUUCUAUCUCGAAACAUCACUAAGGCCAAUGUGAUAAUGCUCAGCUUUGAAUUCACAGGACCCAGCCACAUGGGUCUGAUCAUCUCUCCCUGGAAAGGCGUAAGUAUCAGCCGCUGGUCCUUCACCUCUGACACGCCGCACAAAGGUAUCGAGUGGAAGAACAGGGACACCAAGUUUGUCUACCUUUCUCAAGGAGUUGACAUGGGACCUUGGAACGUUUGGCUCGAGCUGCAGCUACCCCAUGGCUACCCAGCAGACAAGUCCACCGUGGACAUCGCUUUCCACACAUAUCGCCUUCAGAAGUCUGAGCACAGGCAGCCAGCCUUCAUAAACUUCCUCAACGAGUUGCCAGAAUGGAUUCACGCCACUGCAUGGACAUCAAGCUCAGACUUCUAUGUCUUCUGAAGCAGCUGCAUUCCACAGGGUGGUCAGUGGGUUGGGGGGUAGAGAUUGGUAUGACGUUUUUCAUUAUCUUGAAGAUUCCAAAUGCACGACCACUGCGAGGAACUCUGCGCAUUGGCCGUCCACAAGAUUUGGAUGCCGGGCACUUCUCGUGUGGAACAUGCAACAGCUGUACCAUGAGUUAAAUUAUCAGGCUGGUAUGAACCUGAAGACGUUCUGCUACUGGAUGUUGUCUUGUCAAGAGGGCUGGCAUAUGGUGCCACCUGCAAGGGCACAUUUGUUGUUUGUUCUAAGUAGGCCUCUGCUUGGCAAACACUACCUGCUACAGUGGGCAAAAAUGUGCAUAUAUAGAGAAAGAUUUUAGGGCAUCAGCUUGUCGCCGGCACUCUAGUUUGCCAUUGACAGUGUGCUGUGCUGCAAAACAUAUAAACACUCCUAAUGUGCAGAGUAAUCAUGCAUAACAUAUACAACAGUCACUUAAUAUGUGACUGCACAUAGAGGUGAAACAUCCUGGGUGACAGUAUCUUGCAGUUUCAGGUGAACUAAAAUGAAAUGCUUAACUGCAGUGUGUUUUGAAUGUGCAAACAAAAAAUAUUUUUAAGGUAACAGUCUGAAAUUCCUGAUGCAGUAGUCAAAUAACUCCACUUGCAACUCGUUCUUGAAGUUUACAAGGAGAGGUCUCUUAGAACAGUGUGUCCACAACAAUAUUCUUUACAUGUUUUUUGUUAGCCAGGGUGUCGCGUAAGGCUUUGCAUUCUGUAGGUUGUUCUGUUUGGCCAAGCUGUUAUCAUGAGGGGACCAUUUCACAUUAUUCUGAAAAGCACUGCAAGUUCCUUGCUGUUGAAUCUGUGGGAUUGUUCUUGUUCCUCAGCAUUCAAUGCUUUUUCUUUGAAAAAGAACUUGCAACAUCACAUUCACACUGCUUCUUGCAAUACCACCUUUUACUGUUUGGUUGGCCAUUUAGAAGGACAUACUUAAGUUUGAACAAAGGUUGCCAGAGUUUGUGCAUGUGUUCUCAAGGUUGCAGUGUUGUGGGGAAGGCUAGGGCAUUUAUAUGUGCAAGCAAUGCCAAAUUAUGCACAGCUGUUGUGUACUAAGGUGCAAUGUUCUAGGAACAUUUGGGAGUCCAGGUGCAUUUGUGAGACUGAUAGCCAAGACUGAACUUGUGUGUGUGUGGCUGAUGUUAAGUGUGCAAUUGCAGGAAAGUAAUUUCUGUAACAGGUUUGAUGCACAACUCGUGUAGCUGUAGGAUCAUAAAGGAUAAAGAGCACCCGAUAGGUGCAAAUAUAGCUGAUAAAGUUGAGAAAAUUCAUCAAAUUAGCAUGUGCACUGCCAUUAGCAUGACUCUUACAUUAACAGGUUUUCCCCUUCACAUAAACAGCCCUUUUGGGACUUUGGUCGUGUGCAAUGCAGUUAUGUCAUUUCGAGGGUCACCAUAAAGAGCGUGCAGGUUUUGUGUGUUGGGAACAGAAUGUUGUAUUUCAAAUACAUUAAGCUUAUGAGCAUGCCAUUGUGCAAGCUAUGUGUACAAUGUUAAAAUUUAUCAUAAUCAUUUACACAGCACCAGACGUUAGUUUUUCUAGGCUGCAGUUGUUGACACAUUAUCUACAACUCAGGCAAACUGUUUCAAGCUCUGUGGAGUAGUUCCACAAGAGUUCCUGAAUUUUUUUUAAUCAUGGCAGAAUGCAUUAUCUGAGGAUAAACUUUCUGAACCUUAGUUUUCCAGAAUUUUAAUCAACAUCAAGAUGGCAUAGGUUUGAGUAAAGAUUGCAUUCCAAGACUGUAUCAGCUUGGCUGAAGAUAUAACAGCUUUGUAUGAUGCAUUCCAUAAUUUUUAAAAAUUUUGUUUGCUUAGCUGAAAAUUUUAUAAUUAUGUUUAUUGUAACUUCUUUUAUGUACCUCAAAAGCCAACAUUUUCUUACCAAUUCCAGUGGUUAUGCUAGUCUAUGCUUGAGCAGUGCAUUAAACCAAGCUGUUAGGUGCACAGGGUAGCAUUCACAUUACAUAUUCCCUUAUGCUAUAUCACAAAUGUGUGUUCACAGUUGGUAAAACAACAUUGUAGGAAUCAUUGUCAAACUUGUUGAUUAUGGGUUGCACUGGCCGAUUUGUUAUAUUCCUGAAACAUUGUGCUUGAAGAUAAGAUGCUUUGCAGAAUUUUUUGGAGAAUUUCUCGUUAUUUUAAAUGUGCAUGCUCCAUGUGUGUUAGGUCUUAUACAAUUGCGCUCGUGCCUUCAAUAUGGGUUGUCGCCACACCAUGCUUGUUAUUAGCCACAUUCUAGUCCAUUGCGCCAUGUGAACUGAACUGUUUAAUGAGUGUUUUUUUCUUCUUUCUUUAAGCCCUGGACUAUGCAACAUAUCAUUACACAUGUGUGUAAAAGAACUUGGUUGUGUGGAAAUGCAUGUAAAGUUCUGCAUAAUCUGUAACCUAGUCACAUUGUCAUUCACGAAAAACAGGGGGGUAGAGGAUGGGAUCUGGGUUGCUUAUCCAAAAGAAAUUGUUCAUGAUCCAUCAUGUGUCAUUAAGAAAAAAGACAUCAUCUCAAAGUUGCAUGUGCUGUUCUUGUGGACCAACAUUGUUUAGAUGUUUAUUUACAGUUUACUGUAUUUAUGAAGUGCUGACAGGUACCUACUGUCACAGACUGCACUUAAACUGCCAUGCACUGAAGCAUUCAUGAAGCAGGGAGACACAGGCCAUUACGCUGCCAUCACUACCGCAUCCUUAUUUUAAAACAACUUUUUAGUGGUUUGGUGUAUCAUUUGAAAGCAAGACAAGGACUGCUGGUUUGGACUAAAACACCCUCGCCUUGCCACAGAAGUAAAGCUUCUAUAGAUGCGAAGCUUGUUUUGCAGGUAUGACAUUGUUUUUUUUUAGAAACAACCUUCAGCAUGACAAAGCUGGCUUGAUGAAGGUGCAGGUUUUUAGAUUGAGCAUGGCAUCUAUCACUAAUGACACAGUCUUCAAUGUUUUCUUUUUUUGUUGGGGUAACUUCUCUGUAACAAAUAAGGGAGUGCUUUAUAUGGAGCAGCAGAGUCACGUGAUGAAGCUUAAAGGCCAACUGCAAUGAAGUUUUGUGCCACAUAAGAAGCUUUGUUUCAGAGAGUUUAGAUAUAGAGCAGCCUCCAUGGAAAAUUUUACAAAUGAAAUACAAGUGGAUGUGUCAUGAAAGGCUUGCAAAAGUAGAUGCUUUAGAUGCCGAUACUGAAAAACAUAAUGACAGAAUCCAGCUUGCAAUAAAUGUAGAUGUUAGAUGCAAUGUAGCGAUAAACCUUAUUUACCACCUACGAAACGUGUCACAAAUGAGGUGUGUACUGUAACUAGACUUUUCUCCUGCGCUUCUCUCUGGACAUGCAGUGCCAUCUGGUUGUGGGAUCAUGAAGUCCUUGCGAGCACUGGGCAUUAUUCCUUUGCUGGCUGUGACAAUUCAUGGCACAUCACAUUAAAGCAUCUGGCUGCUGAGCUUGAAUAACCUGUGCAAGGUGCUUUCAUUGAAGAGUAGCACAUACCCAGUGACACAUAUUGAGUGACCCAAGCUGGCUUGAAAGAGGUUUAUUGAAAAGUGGCAUAUACCCUGUACGUUUGUGGCACCGCUUGCUAAAGCAUCUGGCUGCUGUGCUUGAUGAACACAUGUGACACGGAUUUGAUUCCACCUCCACACUGGAGAAAUUUUAAGGGAUCUUAAUGCAUUAGCAUUCUUAGGGUACUUCACACACUUUCUGGAGGUUACGUAUGUAUGUAGUUUGUAUGUUUCUAUCUAAUAAUUUUCCCACCUACCUGGGUCACUGGGCAGUGUGUGGUUGAAUGGGUAGUGCAUCAUGCUGCUGUGCUGAGGAAGCAGGGUUUGAAAUCAACCAUCGGAUCAACUUGGGUCACUAAGAAUGUGGCAAUGUGUACACACGUGCCACUCUUCAACGAACCUCUUUCACGCCGCCAUAGGUCACUGUAGAUGAGGGACUGGGUAGGUACUGCUGUCCGAAGAAACUUUUUGAACAAGGACUUGGAGCACUGGGUAUGUGCCAUUUGGUCUGUGCUGGUCUUCAAUUAACCUCUUUGAUGCCAAAUUGGCUCACUGGGUAUGUACCAGCAAGUGUGCCACUCUUCAAUGAAUGCCUUUGACACCAACAUGGGUAGCUAGGUAUGCGCCACUGUAAAUGUGCCUUAAAUUUCUGCAAUGCUGAGCGGAGUUGAGCCCACAUCUCAAGGGUUCCUCAGGGACAGCAGCCCGACACUUUAGCAGGCUGCACCACAAAUGCACUGGGUACAUGCCACUUUUCAAUGAACGCCUUUCACACCGUUUUAGUGAUCUGUGCCAUGAAUGCACUGGGUAUGUGCCACUGAGUGUGCGGCAAGUGAGGGAACAAAUCUCGGAACUCACAAGCAUUGGUGCGCCACUCUUCUUGUCUCGGAGGCCAUGCACAAACUUCUUGGCAGCACCACUAGAUGGCGCAGCAUGUCAAGAAAUAAGCUAGAGAGAGGAGCUUGGUUGCCACGUCACACAUUUCUGAGUGUUCACAAUGCACCGGUGUGCCAUGCAUUUCGGAGAGCGCGCGCAGACCUUGCGGCGAUGGUGCUAGAUGACACCGAGUGUUCUUAGGGAAGCGCGAAAGAGAAAUCCUGCUGCAGUACAAGCCUCAUACAUAACUCGUUUCCACGAUGGCAAUACAUUGUGUUGCUAUAUUGAUUCAAUGCUAAAAGCAUUACUGUCAGCAGGCAUCGUGAGGUGGGUUCCACAAAAUUAUUAUUGCGAAAGCAUUAUAUGGCCCAUGAGGCAAAAAAUCCGGUGUAGUUGUCUGUGUUGGUAUGACCAAAGCCAUCCAACCCUUAACCUUUGGGGGGAGUCGAACCCAUGACCUUUGCUGUUUAUUAAGGUAAAGUUAGUUAAGGCACUUGAACCCACAACUUUUGGGGGGAGUUGAACCCACACCCUUUGGUGAUAAUUAAGGUUCACUUAAUUAAGGUAGAGCUAAUUAAGGCACUUGAACCCAUUACCUUUGAUGGGAGAUGAACCCACUACUUUUGGUGUUAAGGCAAAGUUAAUUAAGGCACCAAUAAUUAAGGUAGAGUUAGCUUAGACACUCAAACCGACAACUUUUGUUGGGAGUCGUGCCCACGACCUUGCGUGGUACGCACCUUGUGACGAACACCAUUGGUCACGUGACCACAUGACCGCUCGAACUGCACGACUCCACCAGUGGCACCACCAGACAUUGCCGCACUUCUGCUGACAUGGCCACUCGAGUCACAUGGUCACAGUGCUUUCGCAUUCAUCCACAUAAGAAUAACUAAGUGGCCCCUGAAUUUUUUUUUGACGAAUGGCAAUUGCCCAAUGCCCCAAGUUAGUGUGAAAAUAGUCACAUAUGGACAAACAUACAUACUGCAAAGUGGGUGAAGUUCCAUAAGAAUCCUAACCACAUCGAAAUGCUGCCAUUACUGCUCGCCAGAAGUGAUGCAUUAGUCAGAAUGCCCAACUUCUCAGCAUGACCUCCAAGAUAAGGCACCACCCACAGCUUCCUGCAGGGUGCUGAAACAUCUCGGGCGACAUGCUGUAACUUGCAUCAUAUCCGCUCACAGCCAGUUACAUAUAUCAUUACUUAGGUGCUAUUCAAAGGGCGGUAAUAAGAAAAUUAGACAAUCACCAGCCCUGAAGCUUUGCUAAGAUUGCUUCAGUGGUAUAUCAUGUGCUACCAAUUUAGCCAAAGUGAACUUUCGUUGCAGUUGGGCAAUAAGGAGCCUACUUAGGCUGGUGGUAUAGUUUGUAAUUACCCUUUCAGUUUUCCAUUCUUUCUGCUUUUUGCCAUUGGCUCACAAUAAGCCAUGCUCCCAUUAUGGCUAGGAUCAGCGACUUGGCAGGACAGAUAAGGAGCACAAGGAUCAGAGAAACACAGCCAUCACAUAAUACAGCCCCACAUUUUUUUUCUUUGACAGUUUAUCAAUUUUAUAAUAAAUUAUAAUCUAAACCAACUUGAACAAUGCCAUAUUCUACUUUAGAACUACAGACUUUAGCUAUGGACAUUUAAAGCCAGUGGAAGGUGUAUUUGGUAUGGAUAUAUAGAUUAGCACUUAUAGUGGUUCCUACCAUGGCCCUUAGCUAACUUUGUUUUGCAUGAUGCUUUAACAGCAUAUACUCAGAGGGAAAGUCCAGUUUGUGUGUAUGUUUUAAUGCCAGAUCAUUAAUGUUUCCCAAUUAAGUGUGGCCAAAUAUGGUAUGCAGUGCAAUGAGUAAAUGCAAUAACAUAAUAAAGCAUAAUUAUUUUACUUGAAACUCAGUGGCGACCUACUUACUACUGGCAUUACUGCAAUCAUUUCAUAUGACUUGUGCCGUAGAGCACUACUCAACACCCAUCUGUUGAUAUUUCUCUUGUAGUUAGGUUUCGUCCCUCCCAUAUGGAACUCUGUGGGAGUUUCUUGACCAGUGAAGAAAGUAUUGUAAGACACAUUGAGGGCAGAGAGAAUGUGACCAGCGUCCCAAUACUAAAACAUUUCUUUUUCACUUGAUAUGCAUGCAGUGCUUGCCUAGUCAAUGGCCUACAAGAGUGUCAUGAGGUAGUGUUGGCAGCAGGGUUGUCUAGGCUGUUUGGUCUUGUACACAACUAAAAUCUGGUGUGUUGAGUUUCUCCAGGAAGCUGUGAAACUUCAGCACUUCAUAUUCCCAGAGGGCAGCCAUAUGCUGUGAAAGAUAUGAUCUAUUGCUUGUGUAUCAUUGACCUCGACAUUCGGACUUUCUAACCAAACACUUUACUGGAAAGUAAAACUUGGCUUUGUGUAGAAGCUUGACACAAGCCACCCUGCAAAUGUUAUGCUUCAGUGUUUAAGUGGUUGUCUAGAAUGCAACAAAAACAACAAAAGGAAGUCUGUGAUCUACUAAGAGAUAUAUUCAAGGAGUUGUGAUAGUGUUUUGUAAUGCUGUGCCAGUGACAUAGUUGCAAUUGCAUUGUACAACGGCGUGUGCCUUCUAUAUGCCUCUGUUACAAUGCAGAGUCUGCAUGCUUAGAAAUUUUAACUUGAAGCCCAGUGCUGUUCUUAAAGGGGCACUAAAGGCAGAAAUUAGGUCAGGCUAAGCUGAUCGUUAAUGUAAUGCAUAGUACAUAUAACAGGUGGUCUAUUAGAGUAACAGUGAGUGUUGAUAGUUAAUGUAGUGCAUAGGACUGGUAACGAGUUCUCUAUUAGAGUAACAUUAGGUGCCAAGGAAAGAGAAACACAUUUGAGGGUGGCAGAGGAUUAGGUGAUGUGAUGAAGUUACCAAACUUCAUGAUGAUGAAAGUGAUUGUACUAUUAAACAAAAUAUGUUAACAUUGCUAAAUAAUAAACAUUGGAGAAAAGUGGCACUACCGUAAUGUAAAAUGCGGAACCAGCUCCCACUGAUGUGUGUCCACUACAGGCAACAAAUUAAGAGUUGCCAGCGACUGCUCAUUAGGGCAGAUUACGGUAAUUUGAAUAUGAAGGAAAAGCAGCAGCUUGGCCAUCUUGCUAAAGACCUUGCUAAUGCUAUCUCUUCGCACUGGACUGUUAGAACUAUCCAGAGGCACAUUGUGUCCUUUCUGUGCUGUCCUGUAACUUACCAAUGAUGGCAGAGCAUUGCCUCUGAGAUCAUCAGUGCAGCUUAAUGUGCACUGUCUUUUUGCUGGCAAAUUGAAUUCGAGGAGAGAUAUGGCUGCUGUCUUCAAUUGUGAUUUUCCUCUUGGCUAAGUAUUCUUUUGGCACAGAAUGCUCACUAAAGGUAUUGGACAGUGUGCUCUAUAGCCAUUAGUUGACCUAAUGUUUGCCUUUAGCAUCCUUUUGAGUUCUGUAGAAGCCUGUAACAUGUGUCUUAGCCUUACUUAAGCUGGCUGCACUAAUGCAUAGUAGUUACUGCUUGUGUAAGUCGAAGUGUUCAGUGUUCAGCUGUGGCUUGGUCACUAGGCUUCAGCAGACAUAAAGGUAAAAAAUAAUGGUGCAUCUGCGUAGCACCUAGCAUAGCCAGUUUGCAUUGAGCUGGUUGAAGAUAAAUUGCCAUGCAGUGUCUACCAUGGUUUUAGAUUGCAACUAUGAGAGUAACAAGGCUGUUGAGAAAUAAAGGCUUUUUUUCUUUCUGGAA